GCGGUUAUGUAAUUGGUCUACAGGCCGAAAAAAAAAUUACUGGCAAGGUUGUUGCGAUGGUUAAUCCCUUCCAAGUCGAUCCCUUCAGUAGUCAGACACGCAGGCUGGCAGGCAGGCUGACGCAAACAUCACCCAAGCUGUUCUCUCGUAUAGAGUUUCCAAAAGAUUUUAAAAUAGUGUGACCAUUAAUGUAGAAUUAAAUAAUGUUUGCAGACAUGACAGAUUUUAAAUGCGACUUUCAAUAGUUCACAGAAUAUAUAACCUUUGGUUUUAAUAUGUUGUGUCUGUUUAUUAAAGGAACUGUCGACCGUUUUGAGAGCGACAAUAAGGUCCAGUUCUGUGUAACUGACCUUAUUUAACAUUACAAAUAUUAUUAAAGAAAUAUAAAAGAUGUAAUCCUAAUAUAUUGUGACAAUAUGUUGCAAGUCAUUUAUUUUAAUCACGUUUUGUGCCUUUAAGACGCAAUGAUAUUAUUCUGGCACGCCCAUGCUGUUUUAAUCGGUAGUAAUAUCGCGCCAUCUAGUGACCAAGUGCUGCGAUGCAUGCUUAAAAAACAUAUUUUGACCCUCUGGCUUUGCCGUACCUUCGUCUCUCACCAACGUCUUCCUGCACAAACACACGUGGAUUUCUACUGACGCUAGGCAGAAACAACAAUAACAUGGCAAGCCAUGGACUCGCAUACGACGGCUGCAAUUUCUUCAGACAACGGCUGGUUUUAUCUACACUCAGUGGGAAACGUGUUAGGAUAAAAAACAUAAGGUCUAGGGAUGACAACCCGGGGCUUCGCGAUUUUGAAGCCAGUUUCAUUAGACUACUAGACAAAGUGACCAAUGGCUCCAGAAUAGAAAUUAACCAAACAGGUACUGUGUUAUUUUACCAGCCUGGCUUGUUGCAAGGAGGCUUUGUAGAACAUGACUGUAACCCACAGCGCUCGAUUGGGUACUAUCUGGAGGCCCUUCUCAUGCUGGCUCCAUUCAUGAAGACCUCUCUGAAAGCUACACUAAGGGGAGUCACAAAUGACCCUGCUGACCCAACGGUCGACCUGCUGAAGUCCACAGCUCUCCCACUGAUGAAGAAAUUUGGUAUCGAUGGAGAUGGCUUUGAUCUCAAGGUGCUUAAGAGGGGUAUGGCACCUGGUGGCGGUGGAGAGGUAGUUUUCACUUGCCCUGUCCACAGGACUAUCAGGCCAGUGCAGCUGACUGACCCAGGAAAGAUCAAGAGGAUCAGAGGAGUGGCAUAUUCGGCGCGAGUUUCUCCCCAGAUGGCUAACAGGAUAGUGGAGUCAGCCAGGGGCAUCCUCAACCAGUUUCUUCCAGACAUCUACAUAUACACAGACCACAUGAAAGGAGUCAACUCGGGCAGGUCUCCAGGCUUUGGUCUUAUGUUGGUGGCUGAAACAUUGAAUGGCUGCUUCCUCAGUGCUGAGAUGUCGUCCACACCGCAGGGGCAGGGAGACCCUGUGCUGCCAGAGGACCUUGGUAGGAACUGUGCCAAACUACUUUUGGAGGAGGUAUAUCGGGGAGGUUGUGUGGAUUCAUCCAAUCAGAGCCUGGCGUUGCUCUUGAUGACCCUUGGCCAACCAGAUGUGUCGAAGGUUCUUCUUGGACCCCUCUCCUCUUACACGAUCGAGUUCCUCAGACACAUUCGAGAUUUCUUUCAGAUCAUGUUCAAGAUAGAGGUUCAGAAGCCCUCUGAAGACGAAAGGAAAGGGGGAGACAAGGUCCUAAUGACCUGUGUUGGAGUUGGAUACACCAACAUAAACAAAACCCUUAAAUAAACAUUUUAUAUAAAUGUCAUGUGUCCUAUUGUA